UGUAAUCCAUUUAAAUUGUAGGAUAGACUACCGGAUAUAGUGUCGUGUUCUUACUUAACCAAUUAACUAUUCUCGUCAUUCCAGUUACCUGACGACAAAAUGGCGAAGCUUUUAGGGAUCUGUGUCCUUCUUUCCUACCUCACAGGUGUGACUGCUGAAUUAUGUAAUGCAGCAUACUACAGCUACAGCUACAGCUACUACAGCUACUACAGGUACACCUACUACAUCAAUUGUGACACUGGUUGCUGCGGCUAUUAUUAUGACCGGGAAUGCUGUACUUCAUCAGCUGGUACCAUUGCCGGAGCGGUCAUUGGCUGUAUUUUCUUCAUCGCCUGUAUCGUCGUCUUUAUCAUCGUCAUCAAGUCCUGUAACAAGAAAAGGACUGGUGUUAUUGUCGCAGGGCAAACUGGUGGAACUGGUAACGUCACGGUCGUUAACAAUACCACCCAACAGCAAAUGCAACAACAGCCGCAGGGAGCCUUUCCCCAGCCGGCCUAUCCUCCUCCUCCACAGUAUGGGGGACAACCUCAACCAUAUGGGGCCUAUCCACAGCCACAACCAGCAUAUGGGGGCCCUCCUCCUCCACCAUAUGGUGUCCAACCUCAACCACAUGGGGGGCAAGCCGGACCGGCUUAUCCACCUCCACCAGCAGUAAACAAUCCCAAUCAACAAGAGAAGUACUAACUCCAAACAAGCAGACUGGACGUUAUAACAGCUUACGUUUGGCUAAAAGGCUACACACAGAGGAUUGUGGGUAUAUAUUUAGCGAGGUUGAGAAACAGCUGAAACAAAUAUUAAAUAAGUCCGUUUUAGCCCGAGUGUUUUUUUUCCAAAAAAAGUAGAUUUAUAUAUUUUACAAUUUUAUGAAUAACAAUUAUUGAUUAUAUCUAUUCUACCAAGUACUUUGAAAUUAAAAUGUGUUUUCGUAUUAACCCUAUAUCCAUGCUCUAUACUUAUGUAUUUAACAGGUUUCGCGUGUUUAUCCUUUUUGAUGUUGUGAGCUUGUUGCUCUAUUUUGCCUGCUACGUUUGAAAUUAAGAUAUAUUUGGGAAAGAUGAUGUGUGCCUUAUUAUUGUUGAUUUAUCAUUAAUUUACUAGAAAUUCUAUUAACCAAAGAUGACGCAUCCUUCCUGAGCUUGUCCUAUCACUCUGACUAAGUUGAGUGAAGUUUUUGUAUUUGUACCUUUUGGGUAUAAAAAUCCCGCAAGUUGCACUUGCAGUUGCCAUUUGGUUUCUCGAUUAAGCAAAGAAUUAACUGUGCAAUCACUCUUAAACUUACCAACAAGUUUUCAGGUACCAAUCCGAACAAGUUGAGUGGAACAUUCUGAUCGCGAACCUGGUUAACUGGGGUUUUUUUGUUAGCACAAUCACAAUAUAUCUAAUAAAUGCGUUUAGCAUCACUCGACAAAAGAAACCAACUCCUGCACAAUGAAAUGUUCCGUCCUUCGAAUUGGAAGAGUUCAAAUGUGGUUUCAGGGGUGAAUGAGUUAGUUCGAAAAUAUUAUAUGCAUGCUCAUAUAUUAUCGUCCAAUAGUAUGUGGUUCUAACUAAUGAAAAGUGUCGUUACAUCGCAAACAUGGUAGGGAUUCAAAACUAGAGUAGUAUUUAUCAAUACAGUGUGUUAAGUGUGUGGUUGUAACCAAUGAAAAGUGUCGUAACAUCCCACACACUGGAUAUAUUCAAUUAUUCUAAAGUGAUAUUUAUAAUACAGAUUGUUUAACAUUAUAUUUGAAUUUGAUACUAGGUGUCAAUGACCAACUGCUUUGAGCCUGUACUAAUAAAUGAAACACAUGUCAAAAACAUCAUAGGAAAAUGAAAAGUUACCUGUCCACUUAAAGACAAAUGUAGGAAACUGUUAAUUUACGUAUUAAUGUUAAUAUAUAUCUAAUAUGAAUGAAUUUAAAUAAUCAUUAAUUUUACACUUUCUGAACAUGUCGAUUUCAAGGGAAAUACAGCCUUGUGGUAAAUGAAAAUUAUAUCUGUAAAAUUGUGAAGGUUAAAUUUGUAAUUGUCAAGAUAGAUAUUUUAUGUUCAUUGUUGGAUAGAUUUAGCUGAUAUAUAUAUUUUUAAUUUUUGCUUUUUUUCAUGCGUCAACAAUUCAAUUUAUAUUUCACAUUUUGGUUUGAAAUAAUAAACAAUAUUUUUUGGGUAUGCAUGUGUUUGUUGAUGAUAUAAACCUUAACUGGUUCAACAAUAACACUCAAUAUACAAUAAUCCUUCAAACUACAGUUCAAUCACUGUUCUUACCCUCCCAGAUACUUUUUUAGCCACUUUUAUCAUUUCAACAUUGCAUACACCUAUAACUUUAUUGAAAGCAUUGCAGCUCUUCUGUGGUAGUUGAACUAUGAUCAAAGGACCUCGGCAUCUUUAUUUGCGACUAAAUCGUCCAACAGUUAAACAUAAAGCGUUUUCCUCAAUAAAUAAAAGAUUUCAUGACGUAAAGUCUAGAAAUCUUACCAUAAUCUUUAUACCGUAAAAACCCAUGUAAUUUGCGCACCUAUGUAAUUUGCGCAUGUACUUUUUGAGGCUGAAAAUCCCAAUAAGAGCUUCUACUCAAAUAUUUGAGCACCAAAAUAUUUUGGAAAAAACCCGAUGUUUAAGUUCCGAAAAUCGUUCUCUGAAAAUUAAAGACAAACCGAUUGGGAUUCUUAAGAUUUUUGUAACUUGUUUAUUAUAAGUAAAUUCAUAAGUGUUGUUUACAGGUACAAUGAUGUUAAAACUAAGACGAAACUGCGUAAAAUGUGUA